AUGAGAAUACAGUACAAUUCAUUUUUUUUUCACUUAGCAUUUUUUAAUUUAAAAAUUCUAGCACAAUUUUUUUCUUUUCAGAUUGCCUGUAUAGGUCCUCUUGUUUACACCAUUUUUCACAAGGGAUGUAAAUCUGUAAACGUACCAACUGUUCCUCUGAUAACGGCUUUCCUCACCUUAGCAUGUGCUUGCCAAUUUGAACAUCCUCUGCAUUAUGAACCUUUUGAUGUGAACCCUUUAGGUUUGGUUUUCAUGUGGUGGCGGACUACGACAAUAUUAGGCGGCGAAUAUUCAGUUGCUCUUUACCUGCUUCUCUUCGGUUUGGCCCUUGUCAAUGCCACCUCCAAUGUGUUGUUCAUGCCCUUUAUGGCGCAGUUUCAUCGUGCCUAUCUCAAUGCUUAUUUUGUUGGUAUGGGGCUCAGCGCGCUCAUUCCCAGUUUGGUAUCUCUUGCUCAAGGAGUCGGCAAUUAUGAAUGCAAAGACACUAUGCCAAUCUACUCACCUCCUCGCUUCCCAGCCUCAACAUUCUUCCUUGUGAUAUUUGUUUGGACUGUCAUAGCCACCAUAGCCUUUGAAUUCCUUUCCAAAAGUGACGAGCACAACAGCGCACCAAAGUCAAGAGAUAUCGCUCACGAAGAGACACCUCUAAGUAAAACAAGGUCAAAGAUAGAUCAGGCUAACGAGAGCGGUGAAGCGCUUUCCCCAAAGUAUACAUUUGAUACGGCAACUUUAUUGUUAAGUCGUGGUUCGUUAGAAUCUUUCAAUAGGAAUGGAAUAUUUAGCAUCUGCUUCGUUUCGCUUCAAUGA